AUGGAGCGUCUACCUGUGUGAACGCAAGGGAUCGGCGAUUGCAGACUGGGAAGUUUCGCUUGAAUUUCGCUUUGAGAGGAAGACCCUAAAACAGCUCUGUAGUGGUAGCAGAAGACAACGUAAAGAUAAACGAAAGAUAAAAGGUUGCCUACAAAUGGCUUUGUGUUUCGACAGCGCCACGGAAAAGUUCUAAACUUGAGACAAAUUUAAAGUUAUUCCAUGCGUCCUGUCUAUUUUGCUAGUUCCCUGUUCGGGUCAAGACGCUUGGGGCUGAAGGUGUCGGCUAGCGUGUGUGGCGAAGAGAAACAAGUUGUUCGAACUGCCUCUACUAGCAGGUGAAUCGAAUCAGUGUACAUGAUGGAGUAGAGUAAGGAUUUAAUCUAGGAUCAGAUCACAAAGGCAAGCAUUCGGCAACAACAUAAUACAGACGGCACGAGUUGCUUCUCGAAUCGCAGCAGACCUAGAGGUGUUGAGUACCGGCAGUACUUACUGGGGAACUAAGCAGUUAUCGUUGAAAAGUUUAAAUAACCUCAUCGAUUUCGAAAAAAAGCCAGGAUAACAUAGUGAGGUCUCCUCACGUACAGCUGUAGUAAGUAGUGUGACUCAGUUAUACGUCCAAUACUGAACAAACAGUAAAAGGAAAACAGCAACACCGGAUUGGAAGUCGCAGUCAGUGUGAAGCCAGGUCGUUUCUAUAUUCUAACUUGCCUACAAAAUAAGCUAUCUACCUAUUUGUCCUUCGAUUUCCUUCCUUCUCUUCAACCCAUUUGUCUCUCAUUCCUUUAACGUCGAGACAACCUACCGAAUCUGUUUAUAGGGGACGUCGCUGUUUCCAGCUCGCUUUCACCAUUGUGCCAAAUGAGCUGCUGCCGCUUGGACGACGCAUCAUAAGCAAAGCUAUGAAUAACAGAAAAAAAAUUAAACAGGAACCUAAAGGCAAAGAAAACAGUUCGCUAGGCUAAUUCAUUGAUAGUCAAAGAGGAAAAAAAGCACGAAGAAAGUGACGCGUAUCACUAUUGUUAAUGCAUGCUUCGUCACAAACCACUUUUACUGCUCGCUGCGAUUUCACCUAAGUAGUGGCAGAACCAGCAAAAGUACGGCAGUGCUGAGAACUUUCGUGACUCAUUUAGCACGAAGAAGGGGCUAACUGAUCCGAAAUAACCAUCAAUUAUAGAAGGACACAGAGACAACAACAACAACAGCCGAUGGUGCAACUAUUAUCAUUAUCACAACAGCAAACUUGCAAAACUUAAUCGUCGGCGUAAGCUUGGUGCAACUUUUAUCGCGCAUCUACGAGACAUCACUCGACUACUGUCGAUCAAUCAAUCGUCAAUCAAAGUCAAGCUCUGUUGACCGUAUCGUUCGUAUCGGCGUACCACAAUCACAUACGUGACAAUCCUCUAUCCCAUGGAAUUGCCGUCUUUACUCGCACUGCCAGAGUUAGCAUUGUCAGCAACAGUCGCAUCAGAAAUAACAAGAGCUACGCUACAAACAGCGAGAGCCACGCAUUGAUGUUUAGUCUAUCAUAUACACAUUUACAUAUCUAGCAAGCGCAAACUUUAUUGAAUCCUAGAGUUAAACUAGAACAAACGACGGGAUGACGGUAGUACUAGUAAAAAUAAUUUUACGCAAGAGGAAACCUGCAACUAACUAAAAAAGCGCCUAAAAAUAGGCGAAGAAGCACCCAGUAAGAAGCAAACUAGCCUAUCCGAGAUCAGCAAAGGAGAUAGCCAUUGUUGCGUUAGUACAAAAUGACUAGUCAUCUUAUCUCGAACGAAGUGGCCUGACGCAUGCCCUACAAACAAUAGCCCGACGAUUUCGAACGAAAAAAACUUUCAAAAAAUACCAAAAAAUCAACAGUGACAACAAACGGCACCUUUAUGAUACGCUGACGAAUCAAGCACUUUGAAUAAGCGUAUCCGAUAUAUUAGACGUUCGAUUGGUUUUGUCGCAGUGUGAGCACUAUCGCUAAACAGAAUAAAUUCGUCACCGUAAAAAUGAGCUACGGGAAAGACAAAAGUCGAAAACGAUCUACAUCAAACUGGAUGUAACAGUAACAGAAACAGGAAAUAGUAAUAGCCUGUGGAGCUAAUAACAGGAGAAAAAUAAAACCCUGUUUUGUUGUCACCUGUUCUAUUAUAUUGGCUCAUUUUAUCUGAGAUUUAACUCGUUUCGGGAUUUAUUCAGACUUGCUCAUUUGGUUGGUUAAUUUGGACUUGAUUUUUAAAAGUGCAGCAGCAGAAAUAGCGGUAACAAUACGACUGAACUUAUCUGUCAGCAAAAUUGGCCCACGUACCUUUUGUGAGGAUCUCCAAGUUGAUUGAUGGAUGCUACGUUGCCUAUUUUCUUCAUUGGCUUUGUAUCGGCUAUUGAUUGAUGAAAAUUGUAUAUAUGAAUAGUAAUAAUAAAGCUAAUAACAAAAAGUGACGCCGUGAUUUAUGUGGUCGAGUGCGUUAAACACGAUGUAUCCUAAAUUAUAGUGAGCUAUUAUAAUCGUGUUAGUGUGAGACAAACGACGUUCGUUUGAAGACGCUGAUUCUUUUUGUGUUCUUGUAAAUCCACCGACGUACGGAGCAGUUCGCCUAUAGACGACAAAAAUGAAGCUGAUUCUGACGAUUGGCUUCAUUUGUACAGUGAUACCAAUCAGCAUCUCGCUCAGAUCCAAUGACUUUGAGGCAGAUUAUCAAGGCGACGCUCCGAUUUCCCACCAGCAGGAACAAAGUCCGAAUUAUGCUAAAACGCACAGACUCGCUUUUCUCGAUAAAGUGCUCGAGGGCUACGAUAAACGCGCAUGGCCCACAUAUGGCGAGAAUCGCCCCACUGAAGUAAAAGUAAACAUUCACGUCAACAGCAUUGGACCCAUCGUUGCCGCUAAUAUGGAGUAUGGAAUGGACAUCUAUCUCCGUCAGUCAUGGAAUGACAAGCGCCUCAACCUGAGUCGCUUCGGAAUAAACACCACCGUUGCACUUAACGGAGAGGACCUCAUGGAGAAAAUCUGGAAACCUGAUCUUUUCUUUAGAAAUGUGAAGAGAGCGGCGUUUCACAGAGUUACGGUGCCGAACAUGCUAGUGCGUAUUGCCCCCGACGGGCAGGUACUCUAUUCGAUGCGCCUCACCCUUAGUCUCGCUUGCGUUAUGGUCUUUCGCUAUUAUCCGCUCGACACGCAAAAAUGCAACGUCAUCCUCGGAGCCUAUGCCCAAACGAUCGACCAGACCCGUAUUUCGUGGCAGGAACAUAAACCUAUCGUUAUUGAAAGCCCUAUCGAAUUGCCCGAAUUCGACUUGACCGGACAUACGCAUGGCAGCUUCACCCGAUCCGUUGACACUGGCACUUUCAGCUUCCUAAAUGUGACAUUGACGCUUGCGCGUCAAAAUGGCUACCACCUGAUCCAGACGUACCUUCCAACUUUCCUGAUCGUCACAAUAUCGUGGGUGUCUUUCUGGUUGAAUAUCGAUGCUACUCCAGCCAGAGUUACUCUCGGAGUUACUACUCUUCUCACAAUGACAACAGUCGCAUCCGGGGUACGAACGCAGCUUCCUCCUGUCUCCUACGUCAAAGCUAUCGACGUGUGGAUUGGUGCAUGCUCGGUAAUGGUUUUCGGCGCAUUGCUGGAGUUCACUCUCGUCAACUAUCUCUCACGAAGCAAGAUGCGACCAGAAGAAUUUCGAAAAUCCAUGAAUCCAUUUGCUCGCAAGAAGACCCCGGAGGCGGCCUCACCUUCUGGGAAGGAUUCCGUCGCGCAAGAUGACCAGAUGGCAGGUGGAAACAUGCGGCCUCACGAGCUGCAACGCAACGUAAAGCGUGCGCAAAUGGUAGACCGUGCAUCACGGAUUAUGUUCCCUUUCUUAUUCCUUGUCUUCAACACCGUCUACUGGACUUUCUAUUUAUUCCGGGGAGACUCAUCUCAAUAGGACCGGCUUAAUACCAUACAGGGAGGCGGGCAGACACAAGCAAAUGGAUUCGGCUCUGCGGCCUGCGCCCUUGGAAUGGUCCUUGGUAUCCUACCCAGGAAGUAGCAUGUCUGAUCCGGCCUGAUAUGGCCAGACCAUAAGCUACCUCCUUCACCGACAUCAACAAAAUUUCAGGCAGCAUAAACGGCCAUCAGUCACUACAAGAACCAUUCGUUUUCAUCCCGUUCUCCAAAUCGCACGCCGAUCAUAAGUGCAACUUCAUUCUUUUGACAUUUUGGUCUGAUCUUAUCUAGAACGUCGGAAGAACAUAUAUAUAUAUAUAUAUUACACCGUCUUCAAUUCCUUUCUUUUAAGAAUGGAGAGGACUAAAACAGACCAAACUACUUCUUGCUACCAGCAUAAUAGCGGUGGCGACGAGGUGGAUGUUAAUAACGACACUCAAAAAAAUACGUCUUUAAGAUCCUUUUUAUGUUUUUUAAAUUUUUUUUAAUCCUAGAAAAAAAGAAGUACGUAUUUCUAACAUCAAUUUGGGCUACAAACGCGGCAUUGACAGCAAUCAUGGGAUAACAGAGAACCGGUGAAAGCUGAUAAUACUAUGCGUAUAUGAAUAUAUAUACAUCAUAAUACCAGCUACUUGAUUAUAUCACUUCCUUUGACCACACGGAACAUUGCGAAGUCAUUCAUUUACCUUCGUCAUUUUCUCCUCGUUAUAGCAAGAAGUAGUCACUGCCCAACUAUCCAUACUCGACUAGAACAACAAAAACAACAUGCCAUGGAAUGGGAUGCGAGGCAAUUUUACCUAAAUUCCUUACACGAGCGCAUGGUUUUAAUAUUAAUUGGUAAUAACAAUAAGGUAAGAAUAAGACCUGCUAAAUGAGAAGUUACUUGUAUCAAAACAAGAGACCUUUGUUACUGUUAUCAUCGUUAUAUAAUAAUUACCAUUACAAUUAAAGUUGAGAUCCUAGAUAUCGUUGUCAUACUGGUUACCCUCACCAGUCAGCACCUCAAUAGGUAACAAGGUACCGCCAAGGCGACCCGCGUUAUGGCUUGAUGUUCUGGGCAUCUUAUAUUGUACUUACCGGUGAACAACUAACGACAUUUACUAAAAAAAGAAACAACGGAAGAAUUAAGUUCUGUGAAGUAAAAACACAAAUAUAGUUUAGAGACAUUUAAUUUUAACAAGGACUCUUUCGAAGAGUGCACGUUAUAUUAUCUAUUCUUGAAGCAUGAAAUAACGAAAACACAGUGUGGUAUAGGUUAAAAUCAACCCGAUAUAUCCUUCCCUCAUUUGAUUGAUACCUUGAUGAACUUUAAAAGAUGGAUUAUCGAAAAAUAUUGAAGGCAAAUUUUUCUAUUGCUAUUGCAAAGAUGUUAUCUAGCCGCAGGUAUUUAUGGGUUAGUGCGCUGCUCUGCUUCCAAAACAGCACCCAUUCUGUGAUCGUCUUACCGGUUAUGAAUUACUACCAUAUUAACUUUGAGUGAAUGCUGCAUAAUGCUAACUUACUUUUCUAUUUUGGUCGAUGAUAAUUAGGAAAACCAACCAAAAUAGUCGUUCUAAUUAUUUCUUUCUUCUCAAUUCUAAUUAUUAGUCGUUAAGGCGGAAAUCCUUAAACAACGCCAAUAAAAACCAAAAGCGUUAGUUCUCACCACUUAAGCCUUUGAUAAGGCACAAGAACCGGAUUCGAAGAAAACAUUGAUAUACUCUAUUCACAUCGUUUCAAUUGUUACGCGUAGAAUUAGACAUUUCGAUUUUUCAGACAUUUUCAUGAUACAGACAAUAUACAGCUGAAACGACAAAACAUAUAUAUUUGUGUGUCUUUCGUUUAAUCUAAUUAACUCUGUAAUCGGAACAAAAUAUUCCGAAAUUUACGUCCGACCAAAAGAAAAAUUAACAGAAAUAGAUAAAAGCUGUUAAAAAGACAACACGUCACAUAACUGUUGUCAUCAAUGUUCUUCAGUUUCCCCGUUUAAUCUGUGUGCCGAUAUAUAACACUACGUUCUAAAUACUCAAGUUUAUACCCUAACAAUUCUGAAUAGAAACAACAUCUGUGCGAUAAGGAAUGGUUAAAUGAUUUGAGACUACAUACAAUAAUGCGAACAAAAAAUAUAAUAUGAUAAAAUUGGAGAAAACCGCUAAUGCAAUCAAAAAUGUAUGCACCAUUUCUAUUGGAUAAAUUGCAUUUUUGCAUGAUAUUAAACGCAUAUAGGAAAAUGCCGAGAACGGCGCCCACGUAUAUCGGUAUCGAUCAAAUGAACCUUUACCUACAAGUAUUCUAUGAUGGAUCACGAUAUAUUCAUCAUAAACAUGAAACUCAAAGGCAUUAUUUCAUAACGGUGCCUACAUAUCUGGUUUAUCACGUAUGGAAACGUGCUACAUAUUUAAUUUAAGAAGAUCAUACAAGUACAUUCAUUUUUUAGUUAGGGUCAAUAAAAUUCUCGUAUCUGACAACACUAGGAACAUAUGUUCAAGGAUGCUCCUGCGUUCCGGGGCGGGUGUUCCGUGCUUAAUAUGGAUUAGUGGCUACCACUGUUAAAGUCGAUUUAUCUUCAUUGGAUCAACCGUUAUUUAUAUCGUGGAGACAGCGCUGACCGAUUUCUUCAACUUCUUGGUUUCCUGAUAGUUUUUUUUUAUUGAUUUAACCGUUAUUAAAAUGUAUCGACACCACCUGAUCGCAAAUAUACAAACUAUGAGUUGAACGUUGUUUGUCGCUUUAUCGAGCCUAACAAUGGUAUACUAUUUUUUUCUAGUAAGAUUCUAAUUUUGAAUCUGCAAUACUUAGUAAUGCGUUAAUACUACAUUCAGUUGUCAAUAUUUCUUUAUUAUUAUUAUACCAAUAAUACUGGUGCUUAAAAAACAACGAAGAACUGAAGAUGUGCUGAACUGAGCAGUGAUUUUCUAGGAAAAACAAUUAAAACGGCUAAUAAUUUCUAUACGAUUGAACACUUUUUAUUGUUCUGUUAGUGAACCUGUUUCAUUGAUUUAUAUCCAAGAUAAACUCUACGAGUAGCGAGGUUUAAUAGUCUAGUACGUUCUCUAUUUAUUUCCUCUCAAGAAUGUCUGCGUGUUUUUCUAUCAGAUCAGGUUUUUUUUUAUCUUUGCUAUUGUUAUAAUGCUAAUAAAUUAUAAUUUUAUGCUGACCCAGCAAUUUUGGCAGUUGCCAAAGAUACUAAUGUCGAAUUUGCGAGUAAUCAAAGCUAAAGGUGCAUAUAUAUGUAAAAGUAUAAAUACAUAACUAAUAUAGUUGUGUGUACCAUAAGAAGACUAUUACGUUAGUCGGAAAACUACUGAAGCCGUAGUAAACAUGGCGCCUGGUGCAAAUAAAGUUCCAGUCAAUCGACAUAAUGCGAGUACAUCAGUAGUUUACACUACUGAAUAUUUCGAGUUGUACGUCCGAUACCGCCGUUAACUAACUCCCAGCACGAAAUAAAGUGUGUCUACGCACGGUUCGAACCUAGCGCGCGCUACUGGCGUACAUGACAUCGCGCCUUGAAGGGAUCUGACACCCCAAUUUCGCCCCAGCCAACGAAACCCGUUAUUGGGAGAUAAAAGGAACAAAAAUAGUUUCCAGCCAUAGCUGCUGCUGCUGCUGUAGGGUUUUCCUUAACGCCUACUCUUCAAAUUUUCGACUUCGCACUGAUCUGCUCACAGAAAUUGCGAAUUUAUAAUUCGCACCUAUGGCACUUGAACAGUAAACACCUAGGCUAAAAUCAACAAAAAAAAAACAUACAGAAAUCUGCUAAAUAUUCACUGGGAGCUUUUGCACACGGAAUAUUGUUUAACAUAAGAAUCAAAAUUCCGCGCUAUUAGCGACACGCUGCAAUACAAAAUCACUCGUGGAAAGUCAACGUAUGUGUAAUUGGCUUUUGGCUAGAAUAUGUCUGCUAUACAAUCAGCCAGCUGCUUUACGCCUUCUUGGAAAACUUUUCCACUUUAGUAAAACACAAAACUAUCUCGUUCCAGCCGCGUCACAGUCAUAAAAAAGUGGCAAGCGAAAGAACGCAAAAAUGUCGACGGUGGGAGUUGCGUAAUGCCGACUGCUAUUCCGUUAUUUACUAUGAGCCAGCGUAAAUUGAUUAAGAUUAAUUUUUAUCAAGCCGAUGUUUUUUUAGUCAGCCAGGACAAAGACAAAAUAAAUAAGAACGUCCGAGGUCGACUUUUCGAUAUAUGUGGAAUUCUGUUGUGACAAAGGCUAGGCACUCCGCAGCGGGAAAUACUUUUCGAAGACGUCUCGAAGCUCGCUAUUUCUCUCGGAGCUUCGGACGCCUUUCGGGCUUUGGAUAAUGCUAUUCCUGUAUUUUACCCCUGGCUCAAUAAAUAGUAACUUAACGUUGCUUACCAUAAAAUUCUAAUCUGAGACGCAUUUGGACUAUAGAAUCGGAGUUGAUUUUUACAUAAUAUUUGUGUCGUAGGACGGUACCUUGAAACAGACUUCCCAUGCAUACAAAUAUUAUAAUCCUAAAAGGAAUAAUUCCUCAUUAAGAUCCUCCCGAUAUUGAGACCUUAAGAAAAGGUUUUAAAACUAGCAUUCAAACCGGUUUCAUACAUCAUAUUGACGAAGACACUAUCGAGCACUGUCUCUGAUGAACAGAAAACCGGUUCGAAUGUUAUGUGGAACAGCUAACAUUGAGUAAGAGGUAAAAGUUAGCUUGGAAAUGAAAUAGACUGAUAAGAAAAUCUAUGUAUGUGAGGGUAAAAAUGAUUGCAAGAGUUCAUAAAAGCAGAAGGUUUGAACGACAACGACUAGGCUGUUCCUACCCUCAUUGUACUACCCCGAUUAUGACAACUGCUACUCUCUCAAAAUUUAUCAUCAGUGUUUCUACUUAAUGAUAUAAAUUACCACCAUUACUGGCAUUAGACUUCCUCCUAAUUGCUGAACAUGAAAAUAGCAACAAGCACGAUGAACGGGUGUUAUAUUGUAUGCAAAAGGCCGCAUGACAUGAUUUCAGAGUUCAGGAUACUAAAUACUCCGAAACACGCAUCCAGAAUCUGUGGUUUCAACAACAAUAGAAAAUAGCAUCAGUAACCGUGUAGCUGGAAUGAGUCGACUGUAUCCUUAUUAUUAAUACCAGUUAUAGUGCUACCAGUCGGUAUGACUAUUAUUAGCAGUGAGGUUGAAAUGCACUAUCGCGAUAAAUUUUCGAUAUUUUUUAUCAUCACUGUUACUAUUAAUUAUAUUUAAAUAAGCAAGGUAGCCUCAUAUUGUCAAAGGCAUGCUUCACUACAAUUUUAUUAUGUUUCUGAGCUGUGUAUAACAGACAUUUUAUCGAAAAAGAAAAAAAAGCAGAACUCUACUGCAGGAUCAGAAUAAGUGUAGCCCAUAUGCGAGCUUCGCCAAGAUUAGCCCAGGCAAACUUUCGUGCGUUAAAAUGACAUAAGCGAUAUGUUUAUACUUCGUUGUUAAAACGUGCAUUAUCGUCAAUGUCCAAACGAGAUUAACUAGUUGAUCAACAAAAAUAGAUAAAAAUCUGGUGGUGGGUGGAUGACCAACUGAUCUAUUUUAUACUUCGACUCUAGUGAAUUAAAAAAUUUUUUAAUAUAAACAAACAAAGUAUAUCCCAUUACAUACAUAUAAACGUAAAACAUAGAUUUUUGACAAAAAAAAGAUAUUUAAAACAAUGUUUAAAGAUAAAAAUUAUAUGAGCUGAUUCAAGCUGAGUCGGGAUUAUACGAUUCUAUCGGACAUUCAUGUUCAGCCUAUUUACAUUUAGAAAAACACGCAUACAUAUAUAUAUAUACAUACACAUAUAUAUAUAUAAAGGUGUAUUACGCGUAGACAACUUCCACCAAAGGGUCAAAAAGAAAACAAUACAAAAUCCAUUAUGAAAAAGACAAGCAAAAGAAACAGUGCAAUUCGAGCAUGGGGCAGAGUAAUGACGACAAUUAGAAAGCAACGUUUGCAAAGAAAUAGCAAGUAGUUGAUUAUGAAGACAUAAUAUACAACCAAAUAUAGAUAUUCAAUUGUAUAUGGGUGUAGGUAAAUCGAGCCAUUAUUAAAACAGAGAAAUUAUAAUGAUAAUAAGCGAUUAUGUUACAAAGAAAAAUUAACGGGAGAAAGAUGAUAAUAAUGGUUAAAGUGGUGAAAAGGAGUUAAUAGUGAAGAGAACGCCCCUUAGAAAUUGUACUGCAAUUUGUUUUAUAAACUUCCUACAAUAGCGGAUUAUAAAGAGUCCGCCGACUCUUGGGAUGACAACAACAAUCCCAAACUAAGAGUUACCCCGUAAUUUAGACGCACACUACCAGCCUGCUACCGUUACAGUCACUUAUGUCAAGCUAGAACAAUGCUUUUUUCAGAAAAUGUCUGUUCACGUUGCCCUCCAUAUUCAGGCUAGCUAUUGUUAUCGCUAACAUACCAUUGGAGUAUUUCAUGGACCUACAACUAUAAAGCGUAUUUUUGAAAAGGGUUGUGUACUGACCUUCAGGAUGAGUGCGGCAGUAAUCUGUGAUUGUUGCGCAUAGAUAGUCUGACCUGAAGGCCUAAUGCCUCUUUCACGGUUCAUUGUCUCAUUACAGUCUUGUCAAAAUUUCGUACCCUCAAUAAAUUGAAGUAUUCUCGGAUAUGCUAAUGUUGCAACGACAAGGGCAUCCACAAACAGGCAGCGGGAGGCUUCUAACUAAAUGAUACUACUAAUAAUAAUCAUAAUGGCCAGAAAUUCUAGUAGAGUGUCAAUAGAAAAGCAACAGUGUGCAGCAACAAAUAGUGUCCUGCCAUCACCCGUAGCCGCUGUUACUAACUUCGAGCUGCUAAAAGCAAACGCGAUUUCAAUUGGCGAACCUUGACCUAGAAGCGACGUUCGAUUGAGUAGCCCGAACCUCCGCUUUGAUACGUUCGCCACCAUGAUGAAGUCAUUUCUACUACCGUAACAACCGUUCAACACAUAUAUCUAGCGCAUAGAAAACCCGUAGCAGAGUUAACUGUAUCAAUAAAAUAGAAGUGCAAGGACACCAUAAAGCUAAGAACUGACGACCGCAAACACGCCACCAACAACCAUUACAAACACAGAUACAUAAAUAUAAGACGAUGCAAAUAGGCAAAAAGUUUUGCUUGUCUCAAUGAAGAUAUAUACAAAAACACAGACGUAUACACACCGCACACGGGAUAACAUCCAUGUGUACGAUUUCGUAAUUUUUAUUAAAGAACAACUCUGCUAACGGCAACAACAAAACGUAUAGUUGACCUAUAAAAACGUGAUUUGUCAGUGGUUCAACGCAGCUACAUUAGAUAAUGUUAAGCCAUAGAAUGGAGUCACAAGGGAAACCCAGAAAACUUUAGUCGAUGAAACACUAACCAGCUCCGCUGUACGCAGAAAAGCACAAAGCGUCAGCAACACGAAAAACUAACCACUAUCCAAAAACAGAUCCUUAUUUUCUGCAUUAUUAAGUUUUGAAUAAGUGAAAAAAAAAACAAAGAAUCCAGCCCAGUCCGAUGUAACUCCUCAAUACUGGAGUUUUGUAAAAACUAAUUAUCCUUUGUUUUUUCUUUAGCUCUGUGCCGAAUCUGGGUUACAUACAUUUUUAUAAUCGCUUCCUCUAACAGUUUAUGAUUUGUCAGCAAAUUAUUGAACUACUUCUUGAGGCAAUAUUGAUAAUGGCCAUACGAUGAAAUAAGAGCAAUAAUAACAAGUGAUGUGUGCACCGAUACACCCAUUGGCCCACUUAAGAACUAUGAUCAACAAUUACGUCUAGGGAAUUACGUUGGAGUGCUUGAGAAAUACAAGAAAAAAUAACACAUUUUUAUAGAGUCGAGUGGCGCACGGUACGAAUGUCAAACGACGAGCUGCUACGAUGAUAGAACCUUUGAAGCGUCAGAAUAUCUAGCAACAUAUAUAUAUAUAUAUAUAGAAACGAAGAAAAGC